UAAACUGUGUUUUUAACUCAUCCUUUCCCCCACCAUCUUGCACCGCCAUUUUCAUUCACCGCAGAUUUUGGCAGUGGGGAUAGCUAUUCGAUUCAUCGUUGGUCGACAGUUGAACUUGUCUGCUAAAUUACGACAGAAAAUUUGACUGUCUUUGUUGACAUUGUGUAAAGUUGUUGUAACCACGUGAGUUUUAAGGUUAUGGGUCGUGGGAGGCACAAAGGUUCUUUUAACAAGAAGCGUGGCUCUCACCGAAAAAAGAAGUCUUUUUCCGAAAAGCAUUUAAAAACAUAUUCGUCUGAGAUUGUUACCCACGAUACAAACAGCAAAAAACGGAUAAACCACAUUGCAGAAAGAAAUGUUUCUUAUGCGAAGACGAAGAAAAGUGUCAGACCUGAAGACUUAAAUAUUGACAGUGGUUCAAGUGAGGAAGAAAAUGAUUAUAGGCAACUACUUUCAACAUUGAAAGAAGUGAGUAAUGCAGAAAGAUUAGAAGUAGGAAGUGAUGAUGAUUUCAUUAGCUCUGAGGAGGAAGGAACUCAGGAGAGCUCUCUGCCUGGCAGGGAAGUUUUCCUAAACAAGAACAUAGCUUCCAAAGCUUCCAGCCAAAUCACGGAUCCAGAGAGGAAACGCCCAGGCGACAUUCCAAGCAGCCAAAACGCAAAUGAGGUUGCAUCUACCGACGAAGAAAAGGAUUACUACAACAAUGAGUGUGAAGUUGAUGGCAAAGGAAAUUCAGGGAUUGAAGACAGAAGUGAUCGCAAAUACAUUGAAGAGGAGGAAGAAGAAGAAGAAGAUGAAGAAGAAGCUGAAGAAGAUAAUUUGUUGGACCCUUUCAUCACCCAUUUUAAUUUUGAACUUGAUUCUUCAUUACUUGGGGCAGUUACAGAAGAGCCACCACAUGUAAUAAGAUCACAUGUAAAAUGGCCAGUUCUUGGAAAUUUAACAGUUACCCUACCAUGUUCUAUUGAAACAAGCACCAGUGAUAAAUUUGGGGAAGGCAAAAUAUCUAUUAGUGAACAGAAAACCUUUGCUAAACAAGGAACAGUCCCUAAAAUUGUCGAAGGUCCAGGCUGGCUGAAAUUUUAUGUGAAGUCUCAAAUUCAGAACAACCUGACAAAAGCCAAUUACUGUAAUUUGAAGACAGAUGAAACUAAAGAAAUCAUUUCCCUCACUCCAUUGCAAUGUGAAUUGUUCUCAGUAAUUUUCAAGUAUCAAGAUCUAUAUUUUCCAGAAAGAACAUUUAAUAACUGUGAACAGAUUAAAUUUUUAUAUUGUCUACAUGCCAUUAAUCACAUCUUGAAAACACGACUAAAAAUUGUGCAUCACAAUGCAAAACUUUUAAAGAAACAAGAAGUACCUGAUGAGUUCAGGGAUCAAGGCUUAGUAAGGCCAAAAGUUUUAAUAAUUGUCCCCUUUAGACAUUCAGCAUACAGAAUUGUGCAGAUGAUGAUAUCAAUUCUUUUGCCAGAUGAAAAAGCAAAUGUUAUCAAUAAAAGCCGGUUUUUUGAGGAAUACACUGGAGAGAGUAUUGCAAUGCCAAAAAAGAAUCCAAAACCAGAGGAUUAUGAGCUUACUUUUGCAGGAAAUACUGAUGACAAUUUCAAGAUAGGUUUAUCAGUUACAAAGAAGAGUUUAAAGUUAUAUGCUGAUUUUUAUUCAGCAGAUAUAAUAAUUGCAUCACCAUUGGGACUACGUGUUGUUAUUGGUGCUGAAGGUGAGAAAGAGCGGGACUUUGAUUUUCUGUCAUCCAUAGAAGUCUUAAUACUGGAUCAGACUGAAAUAUUUUUGAUGCAGAAUUGGGACCACCUGUUGCACGUAAUGGAGCAUUUACAUCUGCAACCACGAACAACACAUGGAACUGAUUUCUCACGGGUACAUAUGUGGGCUAUUAAUGGGUGGACCAAAUUCUAUCGACAGUCAAUAAUUUUUUCAUCAGUCAAUUUACCAGAGAUAACUUCUCUUCUUAAUCAUCAUUGUCGAAACUAUGGUGGUCGUGUAUUUGUUGAAAAUCCGGCUACUACAGGUGCAGUGUCUGGUGUGGUUGUGCAAGUUCCUCAGGUGUUUAAUAAAUUUGAUGCCAGUAAUCCACUUGAUGCAAUUGAUGAAAGAUUUAGCCAUUUUGUGAAAAAAAUAUUGCCGCAAUACAAGGACAGCAUAAUGAAUCACACCUUAAUAUAUAUACCAUCUUAUUUUGAUUUUGUAAAGGUCAGAAAUUUUUUCAAAGCAGAAGACAUCAGUUUUGUCCAGAUAUGUGAAUAUUCAAAGGAAGGAAAAAUGGCUAGAGCAAGGGAUAUGUUUUUCCAUUCAAGCGCUCAUUUUUUGCUGUACAGUGAAAGGUUGCACUUCUUCCGCCGUCUUCAUAUUAAAGGAAUUCGCCACAUAAUAUUUUAUCAGUUGCCAACAUUUCCUCAUUUUUACACAGAAAUGUGCAAUUUGAUGCAGGAAGCAAACCAAAAUAAAGAUGGUGGAAAUGAAAGUAAUAUGACUGUAACUGCUCUAUAUUCAAAAUAUGAUGCUCAGAGGUUAUCACCAAUUGUCGGUUUUGGCAGGGCAGUAAGAAUGAUUUCAUCACAGAAAAAUGUUCAGAUGCUGUUGACAGGAGAGUAAAGGUCUAUUCUAUAAAUGACAGUGCAUGUUGACAAUGCACUUUAUCUCAUUUUGCAUAUUUCAUCAUCAUCAUCAUCAUCAUCAUCAUCGUCAUCGUCAACAACAACAACAACAACAACAGCAACUACAACAAUGACAAAAUCAGUGGUACAAAAGUUACAAAUAUAAGAAUGAGCCUUUCUGUGUACAUAUUUAAAGUAAUGUAAUUUUGAUAAGCUAUUUUUAUGUUGCUCUGAGAAAUGGUGAAUUAAGUGAAAUAAAAGAGACUCUUUCAUAAUAA